AUGGGGAAACAUUCUGCUGAAACCGGGACUAGUAUGCUCCUACAUGGAGACUUGGACAUACAGAUAGUGGAAGCAAAAUGUCUUCCCAAUAUGGAUCUCAUGACCGAAAGGAUCCGGAAAUGCUUCACUGGCUAUGGUGCUUGCAGGUCCAACUGCGGGAAUUCUAAUCCAAAACCAGACGUGAGGAAGAUCAUUACUAGUGAUCCAUAUGUUUCGGUUUGCCUCUCAGGUGCAACGGUGGCACAAACUCGAGUCAUUAACAACUCGGAGAAUCCUAAAUGGGAUGAACACUUCUAUGUUCAGGUUGCCCACUCAGUUAGCAGACUCGAGUUUCAUGUAAAGGACGAUGAUGUCUUUGGGGCUGAGCUUAUAGGUGUUGCUUCAGUACCAGUUGAACAGAUCACAGAAGGGGAUGUUGUCAGUGGCUGGUUUCCAAUCUCUGGUCACUACAAUAGCCCGAAGAUAUCUCCUGAACUCAAUUUGUCUAUCCAGUAUAAGCCAUUUGAUCAGAAUCCGCUGUACAAGGACGGAGUUGGUGCCGGUGGUACUGAGAAUAUUGGUGUACCAAAUGCUUAUUUUCCUCUUCGCAAGGGUGGUAGGGUCAGUCUAUAUCAAGAUGCCCAUGUUCCUGAUGAUUUUCGUCCUAACAUUGAAAUUGAAGGUGGGAGGACAUAUGAACAAAAUAAAUGCUGGGAAGACAUUUGCCAUGCAAUUGUCGAGGCUCAUCACCUUAUUUACCUUAUUGGCUGGUCAUUAUAUCACCCUAUCAAUCUUCUACGGGAAUCGACAAAACCUUUGCCCAAUGGAGUCCCACGAACCAUUGGAGAGAUUUUGAAAAGCAAGGUUCAAGAGGGAGUUCGUGUUAUCGUGUUGCUUUGGGAUGACAAAACAUCACACGACAAAUUUCUUUUGAAAACGGAUGGACUGAUGCAUACACAUGAUGAGGAAGCUCGAAAGUUUUUCAGGCAUUCAGGUGUCCACUGUGUGUUAGCUCCUCGUUAUGCUAGCAACAAAAUGAGCAUUUUCAAGCAGCAGGUUGUAGGAACUUUGUUUACACACCAUCAGAAAUGUGUAAUUGUAGACACUCAAGCCACUGGAAACAAUCGAAAAAUAACAGCUUUUCUUGGCGGUCUCGACUUGUGUGACGGCAGAUAUGAUACACCUGAACACAGGCUUUUCAAGGAUCUUACUACUGUCUUCAAGGAUGAUUUCCAUAAUCCCACGUUCCCUGUGAAUAAGUCUGAUGGACCGAGACAGCCAUGGCAUGAUUUACAUUGCAAGAUUGAGGGUCCAGCUGCAUAUGACAUGCUUACAAACUUUGAACAGAGAUGGAAAAAAUCCGCAAAAUGGAAAGUCAGUGUCAGAAGAGCUGUAAGUUGGCAUCAUGAUACUUUGGUUAAAAUAAACCGGAUGUCAUGGAUUGUUUCGCCCUCUGCAGAUGAGCUAAAUGCACAUGUUUGUGAAGAAAAUGACCCAGAAAACUGGCAUGUACAGAUUUUCCGAUCCAUUGAUUCAGGAUCGGUAAAGGGAUUUCCUAAAGAUGUUCAAGAAGCCGAGUCACAGAAUCUUGUCUGUGCAAAGAAUCUGCAGAUAGACAAGAGCAUACACAAUGCAUAUGUAAAAGCCAUCAGAUCUGCACAACACUUUGUCUAUAUUGAAAACCAGUAUUUUAUUGGAUCUUCGUACUACUGGUCUUCACAUAGAGGUGCAGGUGCAGAGAACCUAAUACCAAUUGAACUGGCCAUAAAGAUUGCAAGAAAGAUCGCAGCAAGGGAGCCAUUUGCAGCUUAUAUUAUCAUACCAAUGUGGCCUGAAGGUAAUCCGACAACUGCUCCUAUGCAGGAGAUCCUCUAUUGGCAGUUGUUUUAUCUCUUCAAGGGGCAAACCAUGUCCAUGAUGUACAAGAUUAUCGCAGACGCUCUCCGAAAGGAAGGGUUGGACGAUGCCCAUCCACAGGAUUACCUGAACUUCUACUGCCUCGGUAAGCGUGAAGUCACAGCCGUGGUUCCUGCACCGACAAGCCAUUCUAAUGAGAAUUCCCCGAUGCGUCUGGCUCAGAAGUUCAGGAGGUUCAUGAUCUACGUGCACUCGAAAGGGAUGAUCAUCGAUGACGAGUUUGUUCUCAUCGGCUCAGCCAAUAUAAACCAGAGGUCCUUGGACGGUUUGCGGGACACCGAGAUCGCCAUGGGCGCCUAUCAGCCACACUACAGCUGGGCAGGAAGCCAAGGUCCUCCGCGAGGACAGGUGUAUGGGUACCGGAUGUCGCUGUGGGCGGAGCAUCUGGGCACGGUGGAGGAGUGCUUCCGUCAGCCGCAGUCCAUGGAGUGUGUCCAGUUGGUGAACCAGAUGGCGGAGGAUAACUGGGCGUGCUUUGUGUCACCGCAGAUGGUGGACAUGAAGGGGCACCUCAUGAGGUACCCCAUCAAGGUCGAGAAGGACGGGAGGGUGGUGCCUCUGCCUGGGCAUGAGAGCUUCCCGGACGUCGGUGGCAAGGUGCUUGGCUCUCACUCCUCGCUGCCCAACGCGCUGACAACGUAA